CAAAUAUUAAUUGACUGUGUUUUCUUGGGCGCCGCUUGCAUUGCCGUCGGGGAGGGGAAAGGGUAAACACAAAUUGGCGGUCGGAUCGUCCACGACGGACCAUGGGGGAACGUGAACGGUGGGAUUAGGGCGGUUGGGUUCUCCGAUCAUCAUCUUGGUAGUUGCAGUGUUACAGAGGUAGUGGGAGGGUCUCUCUGGUAUAUAAACUGCUCUUAACGUUCUCUUUUGGUAUUGUAUCUGGUAGCAAAUGUUGCUGUUUGUGGAGAAUAGAACAUAAACGCUCCCGGUACUUCCAAAGGCGGUGGACUGGACCAAGGAAAGAAGAGAAGUAAAUUGUUUUCUGCUCUUCAUCUUCCUCGAAAGUGGAAAGCGGUGCCAUGAUAAAUGGAAUCCUCACCAUCGAAGCCUUUUGCGUUGACUGUAAAAAGGCAGUGCACAUAUGGCUUUCUCCUCAGCUUCCUGGAAGCUUCCUUCUCUGAUCUGGAUCCAGAUCUCAACCUCAUCCAGGCCAUUCUCAGUCCCUGCGUAGAUCCAUCCAACUCGCUGCUUGAUUUUCUGAUUGGAUCCGGAUAUGAAUCAGUAUCAAGAUCUGGAUCUGGAUCUCUCCCUUUGACUCAAUCUCCACCGACUGCCUGCAUAGAUCCCUCUGUCUUGCUGCAGCUUGAUUCGUGGCCCAAAGGUAGAAAUAAAAAGAGAAGGGAAGUGCAAAAAUGGUUUCUCCUCACCUUCCUGGCUGGUGUCCUCACUCCUUAUCUGAUCAGAUCUCAGCCUUAUCCAGGCCAUCCUCAGUCCCUGCGUACAUCCGACUCACUGCUUGAUUUGUGGGUGGCAAUGAAUAAUAUCUUAAGGAGUUGCACAGAAGGGUUAGGCAAGUAUGUUAACCUUGAUGAAAAAAUGCAGAAUUUGAAACGGAAGUUGGAAUUAUUGGAAGCUCGUAAGGCUGACAAAAGCAUAGAAUUUAAAAUUUUGGAGUUUCAGACAGGAAGGAAACGAAAGAGGGAAUUCGAAAAUUGGUUGACAAAUGUACAAAGAAUAAAAGAUGAGGUACGAAGUAUAGAACAAGAAGUCCCCGGGGGCAUAAAUCUUUCACGCAUACAUCUUGGGAAUCAAAUUGAGAAAAUGACCAAGGAGGUGGAAGAACUUUUAGAACAAGGUAAAUUUGCUGAAGGGCUCACAGUAGAUGUGCAAGAUCCCUUAGAAUUAUUGACAGUGAAAUUAGUGGGCCAAAAAGCAGAAGAGAGCAUGAAAAAACUCUUGGCAUGCGUAAUGGAUGACAGGGUGUUCAGCCUUGGCAUCUAUGGAAUGGGGGGAGUUGGGAAAACCACACUUGCAAUGCAUAUCCACGAUGAACUCAUAAAGAAUCGUUAUGGUUAUGUUUAUUGGAUUACCGUAUCGCAACAAUCCAGUAUUUACAAAUUGCAGGAUGACAUUGCCAAAGUACUAUGCCUAGAAAAUCUUCCUUCGGGGGAGAAGGAGAGGCAAAAAAGGGCUGCCAUUUUGUUAAGAGCAUUGGAAAACAAGAAGAAAACGGUGCUAAUUUUUGAUGAUGUGUGGGAGCAUUUUAACCUGAAAAAUAUCGGGAUACCUAAUGGGCCAGAUGGGCCUAAGUUGAUUCUAACCACUCGAUCAUUAUCAGUGUGUCGCCAGAUGGGUUCCCAACAAACAAUCAAAGUGGAGCCUCUUUCAAAUGAGGAAGCUUGGGAGCUAUUUAUGGAAGAACUAAAGCCUUAUGACAAACUAUCACCGGAUGUGAAAGUUGCUGCUAUGUCCAUGGCUAAAGAAUGUAGGGGUUUGCCACUUGGGAUUAUCACAAUGGCAAGAAGCAUGCGAGGAGUCAAUGACAUUCAUGAAUGGAGGACUGUUGUGAAGGAAUUGAGAGAAUCAAAGUCAGGGAGACCUGAUAUGGAAGAGGAGGUCUUCUCUAUAUUGAGAAUCAGCUAUGGUCGCCUGAAGGAUCCAAUAGUGCAGCAGUGUUUCUUAUAUUGCGCACUGUUUCCCGAAGACAGUGUAAUGAAAAGAGAGAAAUUGAUAAGGUACUUUAUUGCAGAGGGACUGAUAGACAGAAUGGACAGUAGGCAGGCUGAGUUUGACAAGGGUCACACCAUAUUAAAUGAACUGGAAAACUCUUGCUUGCUAGAAAAUGCAAUGAGGGGUGAAAACUCAACAAAUGUGAAGAUGCAUGAUUUGGUAAGAGACAUGGCGCUACAAAUAAGUGGUCCUGGUUUCUUGAUUAAAGCUGGACUUGAAUUGAGAGAAAUACCGGAGGACUGGGCACAGGAUCUGGAGAGAGUUUCCUUAAUGCGUAAUGAUAUGACAGAAAUUAAGGCAGGGAUAUCACCAAGAUGUCCUAAACUCUCAACCUUGAUGCUACAGGAAAAUCGUUUGAAGAAAAUUCCAGGCUCUUUCUUUUUGCAGAUGUGUGCCCUUAAAGUUCUUGAUUUAUCUAGAAAUGAGGUUCUACAGAGGCUACCAAAUACCAUAUCAGAUUUGGAGAAUCUUACUGCAUUAUUGCUCAGAGAUUGUCGGAGUCUAAAAUAUGUGCCUUCACUAGCAAAGCUUCAGGCAUUAAAGGAGUUGGACCUUGGAGGGACUGGUAUAGAAGAAGCACCUGAAAGUAUGGCGAAUUUGGUCAACCUGGAAGUCUUGUAUAUGGAUUGUCUAAAGGAGAAUGUAGUUGUAGGAGAAGAGAUGCUGCAUCAAAUGAGGGAUCUCGAAAAAUUUGUUGGCCGAUUUGGGGAUGUGACAAGAUUUCCCCCACGGCUGAAUGCCUACUCUAUAAUAGUUGGAUCCGGAAAUGUUGAUGAUUUUGAAGAAAUGCAGCUGUAUUCUUCUAGAGCAGUAAUUUUAAAGGGGUGUAGUGUGAAUACAGAGAUCCUUGUUCAUUUACCUCCUAACAUUGAGUACCUAAAUUUUCAUAGGUGUCAUGAUUUAAGGGCACUUCCAUGUGGCCUAUUUUCAAGUCUCAAAGUGUUGAAAAUAUUUGGGUGCCCAAAAAUCAAGAAGCUGUUCACACGUGGGUUGCUUCAGCAAUAUCUUUGUAGCCUGGUAAAAAUCAGAGUCUGGGACUGCAAGCAAAUGGAGGAGAUAGUAGCAGGUGAAGAAGAAAGAGAGGUCAAUGGCACAUUUUCAAGUCUGAAAGUGUUGGGAAUAUAUGGGUGCCCAAAAAUCAAGAAGCUGUUCACACGGCAAUAUCUUCGUAGCCUGGAAACAAUCAGUGUCUGGAGAUGCGAGCAAAUGGAGGAGAUAGUAGCAGGUGUAGAAGAAGGAGAAAUCAAUGGCACAUUUUCAAGUCUCAAAGAGUUGGAAAUAUUUGGGUGCCCAAAAAUCAAGACGCUGUUCACACGUGGGUUGGUGCAGCAAUGUCUUCCUAGGCUGGAAACAAUUAGAGUCAUGGAAUGCGAGCAAAUGGAGGAGAUAGUAGCAGGUGAAGAAGAAAGAGAAGUCAAUGGCACAUUUUCAAGUCUCAGAGAGUUGUUCAUAGGUGGGUGCCCAAAAAUUAAGAACCUGUUCACACCUGGAUUGCUGCAGCAGUAUCUUGGUAGCCUGGAAACAAUCAGUGUCCAGAACUGCGAGCAAAUGGAGGAGAUAAUAGCAGGUGAAGAAGAAAAUGACGACUGGGCAACUGCUGAUCUAAGUAUUACCUGUUCAGCCUCAAACAAUGACAAAAUCGGCAUAAAAACAAUCCACCUUCCAAAAUUGAGGAUAUUACGGUUGUGGAAUCUACCAGAAUUGAAAAGCAUUUAUAGGGGAAAGAUGGUUUGUGAUACUCUUCAUACUGUUGAUAUAAUAAGGAAGUGCCCGAAGCUAAAGAGGCUCCCUCUAGCUCCCCCUGCAUCUCAUGGAUGGACAACCAUCUCCUCCCCUUGCUCUCCUGGAAAUCAUUGCUGAUGAUGAUGAGUGGUGGGAACUGUCGGUCUGGGACCAUCGUGCUGCUAAACCUGCCCUGCAACCCUUCCCCAGGAGAAUUAGAUACUAAGCUAUUUUAAGAAAUGCCUGCGAAGAAGAGACGCCUUCAUAUUCUCACAUUAUUUACUGUAUGUCACCGAAAAUCGAUAGUAGCACACUUGUGAGCCAUGAAGUUAUGAAUGGUCUGAAACGUGUACAUUUUUGCUCUGAAAUGCUAAAUCUAGCGAUCUGAAGUUAAAUUUAAA